GAAAUUUCAACACGUUUAAUGCUGUUUAUCGAUUUUUACAUCGCAACUGCUGUCGAUAUUUGCGAUAAUAAUAAUGCCAUCGAUAGUUGAAUGGCAUCUGCUGUCAAUGAUUAUUCUUAAAAUAAGAAGAAAAGUACGUCAAAUCGUCGUAGUUGUAAAGUUUAUGUAUAAAAAUUAAUAAUUAAAUUUUGCAAACCUCAAAAGGACUACUAUAUGACAACCAUAAUACCAGAAUGUGCGAUGAUGAAUCGUGUGUCUUUAGACAAGUGGACAACAAGGGAACAGCUAUGCUUAGCAUCUGCGGUAUCAUGCAGUGGCGAUCAGAAUUGGAUGUCAGUUAGUCGUAGUCUUAAACAUGUUUGUGGAGAUGGGACAGUAACGCGUCCUAGUGACUGGUUCUCACAAAAAAACUGUGCUGCACAAUAUGGUUUUUUGUUAGAAAAAAUAGAGACGCCGAAAUGUAAAAAAGCAUCUUAUGAAAGCUCCAGUUGUGCUUCCAGUCCUUCUUCUGAAGGUAAUUCAACAGAACUUAUUCUUCGUCGGUUAAACGAAAACCGACAACAUGAGUUAAAGGCGGAAAUUCAGAAGGAACAACAGGAAUUUGCCGAAAUCUAUAGAGAGCUUAAAGCAUUGCAGUCAGGAUUUUUCAAUGAAGAGCAAUUACGAGAGAUGUGGUGCGAUAUUGAAAGAGUGAAAGAGCAAGAGCGUGUAGAAGAAAUGAAAAUUGAAAAUCAAUUGCGUGAAAGGGAACAACAAAAACCGGAAAUCCAAAGCAAUUGGAAUAAGUUGUCUCCGGUUAAAACACAAACUGUUUUACCAGCACAACGCACGACUGAUACAACUUCAGUGGAUAUGGAUGUAGAAGACAUAACCGGCGCAUCGAACCCAGAACAAAUAUCUACAAUUUUCAAUCAAACAAAACAAAAACAACAGCCAACACAGACUGGUAUUUCACCAUUAUUAUCAUCUUUAUUAAAAUCACCCACUACUGGAACCAGUUCGCCAACAUCUAUAUCCAUAAACACAUCAACUAGUGCAGCAAAUAACCCCGCCCGUUCAUCUGCGCCCACUAUAACUACGCUAUUGACAUGUGGGUCCAUACCGAAUAAAAACCAGCCUGCUAUUACUUUAAAAUCGAGUAUACCACCACAAAAAGCUGCACAAUUGCUAUCGAGUCCGAUUAGUGGUCCGCCAUCAAUAUCGUCAGUAUCCGUAACAAGCAUCACGGGACAAAAUUUAUUGAGACCUUCACAGGCUGCUCCCACACUUUCUAUGUUGUUAGAAAGGAAUAAAGCACUAGCCAUUACGGUAACCAAUGCCGAAACUCGAAAUGUGGAACUUCCCCAUGCAGGACUUAAUGGAGCUGAUCAGUCUCAAAUAAAUGAAGUUCAAAAUAAAGUAUCUGAUUCUAACAAUGAUGAAAUCCCAAUGGAACUUGAUGAAGAUCUUACCACUCAUUUGAGUGAUUCUAAUGAAAUUAGGAACAAUGAAAAUGAUUCCGAUGAACCCGAUCCUAACGAGGAACAACAGUUGCUGGAGGUUUUCAAAAACAUUGGGAACAUUGAUGAAUUGGAUAUAGAUGUAUCUGCAGUUAUAGAUGGUGAAGAAGUCGAUUUUCUCAAAGACAUGGGCGCUGAUUCGCCUAGAGAUAUGAAAAACGUUGAAGAUUUUGAGAAUAAAGAAGAUACACCACUGACAAAAGUUACGAAUGUGGUAGAAAAUGUUUUAGAGAAUAAGAAAAAAAGUGAUGAAAUAAAUCCCCUGGAUCACAAGAUAUCCUCCAAAGAAGAGGUAAUAAGCCAGGUCGAGGAAAUCAAUCCAACAGUAAAAACUAAUCAACGGAAAGUCGAAACUACAUCAAGUGAUGACUCAAAUGACAACAUCCCAUUAGCUGCUGUAGCUACCUUAGAACAAAGAGCAGUACAUGAGAAAGUUGUUUUCAAAGAUAAGAUGGGCUUGGAAAUAAAUAAUUUAUAUAAAGAUGAUGAAAAUGAGUCCAGCAAAAAAUCAGACUGUCAAGAUUUAAAAAUUUUGCAGAAGACUUUUGAAGAAAAUAAAAAAGAACAUGAUAAGUUAGAAAAACAGUUGGCCGAUUUGGUGGGAGAAAAUGAGAAUGAGGAUACAAAAAACUUCAAUGACGACGAAAAAUCAGCCGCAGCAAGUGAAUAUUCUGAUGUGAUAAUCAUUCCAACUGAUGAUGAUGAUUCUAACGGCCAAAAAGAAAAACAAAACGUUGAAAAAUCCAAAAUAGAUGAAGAAGCAGAAAAAAUUAAAAAAGAAUUAGAAAAUGAUUUAGGGACUCUAGAAGGAACGAAAGAUUCCACCCAGCAUGAGGAGGAAUUUUCCGAAGUUGCAGGUAACAAUUCCCAUAUUGGCCAAAAAGUGGCUAUGCCUAUACCCCCGACAAUAUCUAUAGCUGAUACUGAUGAGGAAUCUUCUACCACAGACAUUAGUAUUGUUAAUCGAAAAGAUGAUAACUUAGGAUAUACUUCAAUUAAACAGAGCCCUGCCCAAGCUCGUAGAAGUUUAAUUGAACAAAAUCGACAAGAUCAACAAAGUAAAACAGACGAUGAAUCUACAACACAAUUUUCUUCAUCUUCAUCUUCCUCCGUUACCUUAGCGCGACCUCCGAUGUUGCGAAAAUUACGUGAUCGUGAUCGAUCCGAAAGUCCUAUGAUCGAUGGUGACGUUCAUCCGACGAACAAUAACGCUAACGCAUCGACUUUAGAAAACUUGAAUAACCAAAGACUUCGGAGGCGAUAUUCUUCUACACCUAUUAAUGAUAGCGUACCAAAUUCACCGGCCUCAAGUGAUCGCGAUCGUGAAGAUUCAGAAUCACGCGUUUCCAAAAAGUCGUUACUAAGUAUUUUUCACGCACUACAAUACAGUAAAAAUGCAAAUGUUCUGCAGCGCUCAUUUAACGAAGAUGUCCAAUUCAAUGAAAUUUGCUUGCGACCAAUAGAUAUGGUUUCUAUUAGAAAAUGCAUUGAAUCCGGUACCAUACGUAAUGUUACCGAAUUACAACGCGAUAUUAUGCUAAUGUGUCAAAAUGGAUUGAUAUUAUUCAAGCAGGAUACCAGCGGAUUCAACGCAGCUAAUGCUUUUAUGCUGGAGUGCCAAGCUAUACGUGAAUUUGUUGCAAAUACGGGUAUAACAGAGAGCAAUGUACCAAUAAAAGAUAAUAAAGAUGAAAGUAAAUUAUUAAAUAUAAGUGGAACAGGCUCCAAAUCUCGGAGUGGAUCUAGAAAAAGUCAACGCAUCUCCUAAUAAUAUUAUUCUAAUGGACCAACAAAACAGCACAUUUCUAUGAACAUUAUUUAACACAAAUUUAUAUUAAAAUAAUAGUACCAGUAAUUUACACAGUUUGUACUACAAAUCUUGUAA